AUGGCUGCGACGCGCGCAGGGGCCCGGGUCAGCGAGAUCUUCACUACUAUGGAGUACGGACCUGUACCGGAGAGCCGCGCAUGCGCACUGGCCUGGCUGGACACACAUGACCGGCAGUUGGGCCACUAUGUACAUGGGCUGUGGAUAAAGCCAGAGCACAGGAAUUCAGUGCCUUUCCAGGACCCCAUCACAGGAGAGAUCUUGGCCAGUUGCCUGGAGGCCACAGCUGAUGAUGUAGCCUCAGCGGUGGAUGCAGCUAACACUGCUUUUGUGGGCUGGAGAACACUCCCCGGAGCCUCCAGGGCCCAGCAUCUGACCAGGUUGGCCAAGAAUAUCCAGAAGCACCAACGCCUGCUGUGGACCCUGGAAUCCUUGGUGACUGGACGGGCUGUUCGGGAGGUUCGAGACCAGGAAGUCCCACUGGCCCAGCAACUGCUCCAGUACCACGCAGUGCAGGCGCAUGCUAAGUCUGAGAUACUGGCGGCCUGGGCGCCCAUGGGAGUCAUCGGCCUCAUCUUACCACCCACGUUCUCCUUCAUUGACAUGAUGUGGAGGAUAUGCCCUGCCCUGGCUAUGGGUUGCACAGUGGUGGCUCUCGUUCCCCCGGGCUCCCCAACACCGCUGCUCCUGGCCCAACUGGCAGGGGAGCUGGGUUCCUUCCCUGGGAUCCUGAACGUGCUCAGUGGCCCUGCCUCCCUGGGGCGGGUGCUGGCGGCACAGCCUGGAGUGCAGAAGGUGUUCUUCUGUGGUGCUGUUGAGGAAGGACGCGCCCUGCGGCGGACCCUGGCAGGCCAGGGUGUGGAGCUGAGCCUGGCCCUGGGCUCAGAAUCGCUGCUGCUGCUGACUGACUCUGCAGACCUGGACUCGGCCGUGGAGGGUGUGGUGGAUGCAGCCUGGUCAGACCGCAGCCAGGGAGGCCUCAGGCUCCUCAUCCAAGAGUCUGUGUGGGAUGAAACCAUGCAGCGGCUCCAGGCCCGGAUGGGCAGGCUUCGGUGCGGCCCAGGACUGGAUGCGGCCGUGGACAUGGGGGCUCGUGGGACUGUAGCAUACGACCUGGCCCAGUGCUAUGUGCGUGAAGCACAGAGCCAGGGGGGACAGGUGUUCCAGGCUGGCGAUAUGCCCUUGGAUAGCCCAUUUUAUCCCCCAACCUUGGUCUCAGGCCUUCCCCCUGCAUCCCCGAGUGCCCAGGCAGAGGUGCCGUGGCCACUGGUUGUAGCCUCCCCUUUCCGCACAGCCAAAGAGGUGCUGGCCUUGGCCAAUGGGACUCCAUGGGGAGGCAACGCCAGCGUGUGGAGCGAGAGGCUGGAACAGGCACUGGAGCUGGCCUAUGGGCUCCAGGUGGGCACUGUGUGGAUCAACGCCCACGGGCUCAGAGACCCUGCAGUGCCUACAGGUGGCUGCAAGGAAAGUGGUUGUUCCUGGCAUGGGGAACUGGAUGGUCUCCACGAGUAUCUGCGUUCCUUAGUGACCCCUGCCCCGAAGCCCUUCUUCUGUGAGAGCCUCAACUAUGACACUUUUGGUCUCGCUGUGCCCCCAACCCUGCCAGCCGGGCCGGAAGUGGGGCCCAGCCCGGCACCCCCCUAUGGCCUCUUUGUGGGAGGUCGUUUCCAGCCUCCUGGGGCGCGGAGUUCGAGGCCCAUCCUGGAUCCCUCAGGCAGGGUCCAGAGUUACGUGGCUGAGGGCGGAGCCAAGGAUGUCCGCGCUGCGGUAGAGGCCGCGCACCAGGCCGCCCAAGGCUGGGCGGCCCGGUGCCCGGCCGACCGGGCGGCGGCGCUGUGGGCCCUGGCGGCCGCGCUGGAGCGCAGGCAGCCCGGGCCGGGCGCGCGCGGCCAGCCGGCGGCCGCCGAGGUGCAGCGGAGCGUGGAGCGGCUGCGGACGUGGGGGGCCCGGGCCCAGGACCAGGGCCGAGCCCUGCAGAUCCCAGGCCUGAGAGGCCUCGUGCUCAAGCUCCGGGAGCCCCUCGGUGUAUUGGCUAUCGUGUGCCCAGAUGACUGGCCCCUGCUGGCCUUCAUAUCCCUGCUGGCACCAGCUCUGGCUCAUGGUAAUGCUGUGGUCUUGGUGCCCAGCGGGACCUGCCCUCUGCCGGCCCUGGAAGUCUGCCAGGACAUAGCCACUCUGUUCCCUGCCGGCCUGGUAAAUGUGGUAACAGGAGAUCGAGACCACCUGACCCGCUGUCUGGCCUUGCACCAAGAUGUCCAGGCGCUAUGGUAUUUUGGAUCUCCUCAGGGCUCCCAGUUUGUGGAGUGGGCUUCUGCCGGGAACCUGAAGCCCAUAUGGGUGAACGGGAACUGCUCUCGGGCCUGGGAUCUGGAGAACGAGGGAUCAUCCCAGGAGCUGGGGCUGAGGGCAGCCCGGACCAAGGCCCUGUGGCUGCCCAUGGGGGACUGACCUGAACACCAGCUACCCCCAGCCUUCAUCGAGCCUCAGACACCAGAUGCCUGGAACUUUCAUCUUUGCUCUGUCUUCUAAUAAACUGUGGGAGCAACGUGUGACCAAUUCUCCAGGGGGAGGAGGGGGGAAGGACAGCAUCAUCUGGCCUGUGGGAGGCCCGGUGACAUUCAGCCGUUGGGUGGGCGGCUGCAGGACAGCCCGGCAUUUGUGAGACAGAUAAAGGAGACUCUGAGCCCUCUCACACCCCCCCACGCCAUCCUGGGGGUGGGGGAGGAGAGGGAAGUCCCUGGGAAAGGUCAUAGGUCUUCUCUUCGGCCUUGGCCACAGCUUCAUGGCUCUGUCCUGGAUUCUGGGACCCCAGCAGGGUCCUUCCCAUUGACGAUGUGUUCAUCCUAGCAAAACAACGCACCUCUUGGCUGCGCGCCAGUGCCUCACACCUGUAAUCGCAGCUACUCAAGAGGCUGAGAUAUUGAGAUGAGGA